CUGGCGUGGAAGCGUUUAUUAAGUCAACUUCGUCUUUUUCUACAAGCACGUUGGUAUGACAGGAUAUGAUUUUUGUUAACCAAUUCAUGAUGCCUUUUGGUUAAAGUAUUUGAAUAUUAAAGGUUUUUUGUCACAAAGGAUUUGAGAAUUAUCGAAGAAUAGGAUUGACGAAGCGGUAAUUUUCGUGGCUUUAGGUUGGCUUGCUAAUGGCUUUAGUUUGAAGCCUCUAUUCACCAAUGUGAGAAUUACACAAAACAAUUCGCUAAUGAGGACAUGGUGUGCUAUGAUUGGCUGAGCCCGGAAUCUGUCAAUAUCACUAAUCUAAUGACAAGACGUGACAUGCAAUCUGCUAAAUACUGACAAAACACUGCUGCGAAUACAAACAGUAGCAGUUAACCUCGAAGAUCGCCAUGACUCGUAUACCUUCUGCCAGUAUUGUGAUCGUACUGUCUAUAAUCUUAUACUUCAGCGAUGUUUCAAGCAAAGAAAUGAAAUGCGAGGAAAUAACAAUACCCAUGUGUCGAGGACUAGGUUAUAAUCAAACCUAUAUGCCAAAUAUGUUUAACCACGACUCACAAGCCGAAGCAGCACUUGAAGUUCACCAAUUUUGGCCGCUCGUUGAGAUACAGUGCUCAGCCGAUCUGAAACUCUUUCUGUGUUCAAUGUACGCUCCAAUGUGUCAGACAGACUACAAGAAAGAUUUACCGCCUUGCAAAUCGCUCUGUGAGCGAGCGAGAACUGGCUGUGCUCCGCUAAUGCGAAAAUACGGUUUCUCUUGGCCUGAGAGAAUGAAGUGUGAAAAUUUUCCUGAACUCGGAGAUACGAAAACCCUGUGUAUGGGUAAAAAUGCAAGUGAUGAGCCUGCAAUAGAUUCAUCAGGGGCUGUGACUCCAAUUACUCCGUUGAACCCAGAUAGCAUGGCAAUCUCGGCGAACUGCUGCUCAUGUCGACCGCCAUUUGUCUCGACGAAGGGAAAAAMCUUCAAACCUACAGUUCUAUCCAUUGGCGGUGUUUCGCAGUGUGCUAUGGCUUGUAAUAGAACGUACUUUUCAAGAGAUCAAGAAAGCUUUGCGUCAUUCUGGAUCGGUCUUUGGGCGAUCUUAUGUUUUAUUUCUACACUAGUAACUAUUUUAACGUUCUCAGUCGAUAUGAUGAGGUUUAAAUAUCCAGAGAGACCGAUCAUAUUUCUAUCUGGCUGUUAUUUUAUGGUCUCUGUGGGCUACAUAAUCAGACUCAUAGUAGGAGCAAAAACUAUAGCAUGUGAUUCCAAUGGAUUGAUGCGUUACGAGACCUCGGGGCCAGCGCUGUGUACGAUUGUAUUCCUCUUGAUCUACUUCUUUGGAAUGGCUUCUUCAGUUUGGUGGGUGAUAUUGGCCUUUACUUGGUUUCUUGCAGCAGGAAUGAAGUGGUCAAGCGAAGCCAUUACCAAUUAUUCCCAGUAUUUUCACGUUGUAGCAUGGCUAGUACCGGCUAUUCAGACGAUUGCUGUACUAGCUAUGUCAACAGUAGACGGAGACCCUGUGAGCGGUGUUUGCUUCGUUGGAAAUCAUAAUUUAGAAAGUCUAGUCGUGUUUGUCAUAGUUCCUCUUGUCGUUUACUUGGUCUUCGGGACCUCAUUCCUUUUAGCUGGGUUUUAUUCGCUAAUUCGGAUCAGAAAACUGCUACGACAACAUUCAGGAACAAAAACAGACAAACUAGAAAAACUUAUGAUUCGAAUUGGAGUCUUCUCUGUAUUAUAUACAGUGCCCGCGACCAUAGUAGUAGCGUGUUACUUUUACGAGUAUGUAAACAGAGAGAAAUGGGAAAAAUCUAUCAAUUGCAGUCAGUGUGGUAUUGCGAAAGUCAAGCCAGACCAUUCAGUUUUUAUAAUAAAGUACUUUAUGGCCUUAGUCGUAGGGAUAACAUCAGGGUUCUGGAUUUGGUCUGGAAAGACAGUCGAAUCUUGGAAAAACUUUUGUGGACGUUUUUCGGGUACGCAGGCGACGCACAGACCCGUUCUGAACAAGAGAUCAGCAACUGCUACAGUCUAAACUUACUAAAUCAACAAUCAACCUUGUUUGUUUUAUAUGUCUAGAACGAAUAUUUAAUACGCGUGGAGCAAGUGUUUAGAAUUUCAGUACCUAGAACGAACAUUGUUACCAUAUACGAUUAUAUUUAGCAAGCUGAAAAAGCUUUUAGGGAAUCUAAACUAUUUGCUUAAUAUAAAAGAGGUUUGGUGUUAAGUUCUUGGAAUCCUGGAUAAUCUUUUCCGGGGAUGUAUCUAGCUAAAUUUAUUGACUUUAUUAGUUUAUUCCAGUGCCACGCUAGAUCUAUUUACCUAAAAUAUUCAUGGACCAUGAGAAAACAAAGAGAUAAUUUGCAUAAGCCUAAUGGCUGCUGCUACUGUUCAGUGAAUCACUCGAUUAACCAUGGAGACAGAGUGGCUUUUGUGUACGCAUGGACUCGAGUAUGAACCUUACUGUAUUUACUCUCUAGCUUUAUUUUAGAAACCUUAAAUUGCAAUCUUUUAGGCUCCAAAGUGAAUUCACUAAAUCCUAAAAGUCGUUUUGCUUAUAAAUGCACUGCUUAAAGAAACAGUGAAACGACAAUUACUAAACUAAUUACUCGUCCCAAGAGACCUUAUUCCUUUGGUAUUAACAACAAAGCUAGAAUGUGCGCCAUUCAUUAUUCUUUUCUCUACACACAUUUGACUAAGAUUUAGGGCUAUUACUGAUGUUGUAGAAUCGUUAGGCCUUGACUCCCGCGUUACAUUAGGAAUCUAAAAACUGUAUUUGCCCAAGAGACUAUAUUGUAAAUCUAAAGUAAAUUGAACUUUAUUCUUUAUUAAAUGAUAGAAGAUUAUAAAGGUAAA